GCACUAAAUAGAAUUCGUAUACAUAAAGUUCUUUCAAAUCUAUUUAAUCAAAUAUAAAACAAAUAUGUCUUAUUUUUAAAUAGCUGCAAUCCUAAGCAAUAUCAUAUUUUUUGUAAGUACAUAGGGGUUAUUUUAAUCUUAAUAAUAAAGUAUAUUUUAAGCGUUACCUAAAUAAGUGAUAAAUAUUAAUGAAAAUUAGCCUGCAGUACCAACUCAAAUGCUUAUAAUAGAAGAUUCACAACUAAUUAUAUUUAUCAGUAAAGAAAACUAUAUUGGGCUUUUUGAUGAGAAGAAAGAUAAGAUGAAAGUCAUUAACACUUCUGAAUAAGUUUAGUCAAUCUUGAUAUUUGAUAAUUAGUAAUAUUUAUUAGCAGCAAUGAUCACAUAUACAUCAAUUUAUCAAAUUCAGUUAGAUAAAAAUAAUGAUUACUUUCUUGCUGAAAGGUAGACAUUAAGUUUAGAUCUUAAAGUAAUUUGCAUGCUAUACCUUCCUAUUGCAAAUGAUAUCUUUAUUUUAAGCUAACAUGGAGUAGUAACGAUAUAUUAGAAUUUAGGAAAUGGUAAUAUAUAAAAAAAAAAUAAAUUCUAAUAUGAUAAAUUGAGUUUUUUAUAUGCAUAAGUAACUCAAGAUGAGAGAUUUAUGUUUUGUAGUUUAUCACUAAAAGAUAUAGUUAUAUUUUAAAUAGAAAAGAAUGUCAAAACUGAUGGCAUUGUAGAAAUUUCAAAUCUAACCUAUUUAAUUAGUAUUUAUAGUGACUAUUGGAUUGUUUAGCUCAUUUUUCUCAACAAUUUUAUAUAUUACAUUGAUUCAUGGUAAGGUCUCUAUUUUGCAGAUUUAUUACCUUUUUUUUAGAAUCCCCAGUCUGUUAAAAAUAUUAAACCUACUAAAUUCGGAUUAGGAAGUAUCAAUUUAAGCCCAACUACUUAUUGUAUGGUUAUUUCGAGUGAUUAAAAAUAUCUUUACUUAGGUGUAAGAUCGUAGGGUAUUUUAAUUUAUGACAUUUCAAACAUUUCAAAUCCUAUUUGGUAUUAUUAGCUCUUUGCUUAAGGUCAAGCUUAUUGUUUAAUCAUUUCCAAUAAAGGAUAAGCUCUUUAUUACUCUAAUUCUAAUGGUUUGUAUCAAUACCAAUAAACUGAGUAAUCUUUCACAAAUAAAACACCAAAUAUGUAUAAUUCUCAUAAGUCAAAAAGUUUGUUUGAAGGACCUCCAUUUUACAAAUGGAGAUGCUAAAUAUUACAAAAGUCAAAUGCUUUAUUUGUUUCUUUUGAUGUAGACUAUAUUUAGAGAUUCUAAAUUAUUAAAAAUAACCAACUAAAAGGAGAUAUUAAUUUAUAAAAGAUAGACAUUCUUCCAUACGCAAAAGACGCGACAACUUCUACACCUUAUAUUGAAAAUGUAUGCAUUGAUAAAAAUGAAGAUUAUUUGUACAUUCCUGUAACUGAUUAAACUAACAUUAUUUUGAAAUAUUAAAUUCCAAGUUCUAUUAAUUCAUCUGCCCCUUUGUAAUACAAACAGUCUUUACAAUACAGUAAUGUUUAGUAUGCUGAAUCCUUAAAAUUAAGCUAAGAUAAUAGAUAUAUGGUAGUAGCUUAUUCAGUAGGAGUGAUGAUCGUAGAUAUUGAAAAGUUUGAAGUGCUCUCUCUUUUAAGUAUUUAAGAUAUGUAAAUUAAUUGCUAUGGAGCAGAAUUUACUAGAGAUACAAAUUAUAUAUUUGCUACUGCUAGAAACAUAGGGGUAUGGAUUAUAAAUGCUAAGGAUAAAUAAAAUCCAUUUGUUAUUUAAGCACUAAAAACAAAAGCUGCAGAAACUGUAAAAACUUCUAACUUAUAUGAUAUAAUGUAUUGCUUAGAUGGAUUUAAUGGAUUACUUAUAUUUGAUACUUCAGCUCUUCCUAACGUUGUAAUACUAAGUAAUCUUAAAUUAUAAGGCUGGGUUAAUCAUAUUACUUUAUUGAGUGAUGAAAAUUUUGGGAUAAUAUCAACUAUGGAUGCAGGAAUGCUAUCUCUCGUUAAUUUAAAAGAUAAAAGUAAUCCAAUUCUAGUAUCUUCAUAUUAGAUAGGUUAAUAAAAUUCCUAAUCUACUUGCGUCGACCCCAGCAUGUAAUACUUACUUAUAUUGAAUUCAUAAGGUAUCAGAUAUUUUCCUCUUGACAGUGAUGUUCUUAUUCAUCAUGAGUUCUCAAUUAAAUAGUUUGACUAAAAUUCUAAAGGAAGGGUAGUUUUAAGCUAAGAAGAUUUCUUGCUGGUUGGAUAGACAUAUGAACUUAGAUUAAUCCCACUAUACCAAUAACCAAAUUAAUUAAUAAAUAAUAUAUUUAUAUAUUAAAACGAACAAAAGUAAGCUUUACCUAGUUGGAUUAAUUAAAUAAACAAACUUUAUUUAGAAAUGACUAUCCCAAAAGAAGCUGUUAGUAUUUCAAAUCAUUCUAUUAUUACUUUGCUUGUCCAAACCCAGUUUUCUUUGAAUAAUUCUUCUUUUAUUUAAAAUUUAACAUCUUUUGUAGUAUCUCCUAGUCUUAGUAGUAAGAUUUACUAGUAUUUAAAAACUUGCGGUUUCAUUAAUAGCUAAGAUUUAGUAACGGAUUUGUAUAAUCCAGAAGUCACACUUAAUUUUAAUGAUUUCGGAAAUGAUUUAACUGACCCUAAUUAGUAAAUUCAAGUACUAAAAAUGGCAAGAAAUAUUCUAUAAAAUAGUAUAGAUUAUAGUCCUAUUUAAUUUAAAGUUUAGAGCUCUCUAAAUUAUAUUUUAGAUUAAAAAAAGAAUUCCUUCUAAGUCCAUUCAUUUUCUAACUAAUUGAGCAUUUAAUUUUCAUUCAGCGCUGCUUCAUCUUUAAUUUUUGUUUAAAAAGAGUAUCCGAAUGUUAUUUCUUAUCGUGAUGAUUAAAAUACCACUUUGAAUAUUUAAUCAUCAUCUGUUGAGAGUAUUAACAAUAUUUUAAGAGGCAUUAUUUUAUAUCAUAUAAUUCAAAGUUAAAAUAAUGAUAAUAUUAAUAAUCAGUAUUAAGUUAAUUUACUUAUUUAAGAUGGUAUAAAUUCUAAUAUUAAUGAAUUACAAUCUUAAAUUGAAAAAAUAUCUAAUGAUAGCACAUUUGCUAUAGAAUCCACAUUUAUUAUUUAAUUUGAUCGCAAUACCUUCAUAGAUCCUGAUGGAAUCCCUCUUUCUUACUCAUUAUUAAUAUAUAUAAAUAAUAAUUAUUCAUCUAUUCAUUCUGAAUAUUUUUUGAAGUUUGAUGAAUAAAAUCUGAGAAUGACAGGUACUCCAUAAGCAUCUAAUCUCUUCGAAAUAAUACACCUUAGAUUAGUUGUUUCAAAUGGUUACAACUAAUUAUCAUCAGACUUUUACAUCAAAAUUUAUAAUAUUUCUUUCACCUACUUAUUAAAUUUAUUGCUAAAAUAUAUUGGACCAGUUGCAUUUAUUUUAGGAAUUUAUAGAAAAAAGAUUACUUUAAUUGAAAAUGAGCUGGUUGUGGCAUAGGCGUUUUUGAAAGAAUUUUAGAGCAAAAAUAUAUUCAAAAAGCAGACAAUUUAAAUACAAAAAGAUUUCUUUGGAAAUUAAUGCAAUAUUAUUUCGUUAGAAUAGAUUGAUCCAGAGAAUUCUAAAUUUAGGCCUUCUUUUUUUAGUAACAGUUAGUUAUUUAAUUCAUAAAUAGAAUUAAAUUCUACAUAAAAAGAUAAAAAAAACCUAAGUGAACAUGAAAAAAAAAGAAUUUAAACUGUAAAGAAUAGUCUAUAGAAGGCUAAAAUAAAUAAUUUUUAUGAUUAAGAUUAAAUAUUUAAUCUGUGCUACUCUCACCCUCAAAUAGUUAAUAAUCUCCUUUCAUCAACAAGCUUAACCGAUAAUUUACAAUAUUAUAAUCAAAUUAAAUUAUUUAACAUCAAGAUAAGUGCUGAUAAAUUAUUUUCUAAUAUGAUUUAGAAUGACUUAAAAAUAAUGUAUGAAAGAAAUUACUUGAGAAUAGCUGAUUAUACGAUAGAAUACUACAAUAAUCAUAGCAGAUUUAAUUAUUGUUUAAAUGCUUAGGUGGUAGAUUAUCUUCUUUAACUAGACAUAAGAACAAAUAUUGUUUACUCUUACUUAAAGGAAUACUCAAAAAAAUAAAAGAAUGUAACAGAAAAUGAUUGGUACAAAGCUUUCGUUCAAAUUGAAUCAUCAGAUGAAAUAGAUUGUACUGGAACUUUAAUACCUUUUUCAAAUGUUAGUGUAAAUGAAAGUAGUAUCUUGAACUGCUUGAGCAAUCUUGAUUUAUAUAUUAGUGUGGACUAACCGUUUGACGAAAUUUGGUUGCAUGGUAUAAGCCCAGUUCUCCUUAAAUAAGCCCUUAUAUUUGAGUCUCUUGGAUUAUUAAAUAACAAUUCAAAUAACAGCAUCAUUAAUAAGUCAAAAGGUGAGUCAAUUUUCAUUCUUCAACAUCAAAUAUUAUCUGUUGAAGCAUUUUAAUUGAAGAAAUAGAAUAAAUUAAAUUUCUUUUAAAAAAUGCUAAACUUAAACUAUGAAAGAAUACCUAUUUCUAAAUACUAAUAUUUACCUAACUGGAUUUAACUUGAUUGCAAGAGUGGGAUUAUAAUUCUAGAAGGAAUCCCUACUUCUUCAGAUCAUGAAGAAAUCUUGAUUAGAAUUUAUAAUCUUAAAAACUAUAUAAUCAGGUAAUUUAACCUUAAAAUCCUUAGCGAGCAGCCUUAAGAACUGAAGAUAGGAUAAAAUAUUCCAUUAUUUUAAACUUAAAAUAAGACAGAAAUUACAAAAGAAACUCCUAUUAUACAAGGUAAGUUUUCCAUGCCUAAUAAUUAAGUAGAUUGUAUUUUCUGUAAUAGUAAAAAAAGCAAAAUUAUGUUAAAUAAAAAUCCAUAAUAAUAAUAAGAAUUUUAACUAUCGAAAUAAAUAAUUUUUGGAACCACAUUCAAGUAUAAAGAAUCAAUUUUUACUAAUCCUAUAGAUCCCUAAAUUUAAAAAAUAAAAAAUUAGCCCCAUUAAGAUGCUUUUCUUUAAACAACCGAAGAAUAAAAUUUAAAGAGAUUAAGAUUCAUUUGA